UGCCACCCUUUCGGUUGACACGUUCUUCUUCCUCAGUGGCCUGCUGCUGAUGUUCGUCUGUUAUCGAAAACUCAAGGUGGACAAAGGCCGCUUCGACUUCUUCAUGUACUAUCUUCAUAGAUACAUUAGGUUGACACCGCCUUUCAUAAUGGUGUCAAUGAUUCUUCUCCUGGACUCACACUGGUGGAAUGGACCGCUAUGGCACGAAACAGUAGACAGAUUCAUCAACGGUUGCCACAAGUACUGGUGGACAAAUUUACUCUACAUUAGCUCCUGGAUGAAGACGGAGGAAGUGUGCCUGCCUCACGGAUGGUAUCUAUCGUGCGACAUGCAGUACUUCAUCAUCGCUCCCAUAUUCUUCAUGACACUGUACAGGAAGCCAACCUUGGGAUUUUCACUCAUUGCUAUAGCAGCCUUCUUGAGCAUGGCAGCCACGGGCAUAGUAACCUACAUCUACGACCUGGGUCCGGUCGCUUUGUUCUCUAUUCCAGAUGACGACAAUGUCAAUAUGUUCCUGAACUACAUUGGAUUCCGGCCAUACGCACAUUUCGCCUCUUUUGCCGUGGGCCUUGUUCUGGGAUACCUGGUUUAUAGGUACAAAGAGAUUAAAAUCAGCAGGAAGCUUCAGUUGGUUGGAUGGCUGUCAGCAGUAACGACUGGGCUGACUAUUCUCUAUGGAGUAUACGACUGGAAUGCUAACUCACCACCCGGUACAUUUAUGAGUAUCUUAUAUGGAUCCACAAGCAGACCAGUGUGGACCUUGUGCGUCGCUUGGGUCACCUUCGCUUGUGUUACGGGACAUGGUGGCUACGUGAACACCUUACUCUCGUGGAGAGCAUUCGUGCCCCUUAGCAAGAUGACAUUUAUGGUGUACCUCUUGCAUCCGCCGCUUAUGUUUGCCUACGCCGCUCACGUCAUCAACUCAAUCUACGUCACGCAAUUCAUGGUGGUUUACACGUACUUAGCACACAUCAUGGCCUGCUGCAUGUGCGCCUUCCUGGCUUGCAUUUUGUGGGAAUCUCCUUUCAUCAACGUAGAAAAAAUUGUCCUGGACUUUAUCACAGACUGGAGGCGUCAGCGACGGAAGGAAGUUCCUGCAUCGAAGAAGUUCCCUAAACGUAAUCCUGACACGACCUCAACGCAUGUAAACGGAGGGCCAGCGGACUCUACAGAAGACACUCACGUAGUCUCACUUCCCGUAGAGGAGGACAAACCGCAGGACUCUGCAGAGAGCAACAAUAACUCUACUAGUAUUAGGCUGUAGCCGUAAAGAGA